AUGUCUCACCUGGCUCAGUACAAGAAGGACUUCCUCAAGUCUUGCCACGACGGUGGCAUUCUCAAGUUUGGAAGCUUCGAGCUCAAGUCCAAGAGAAUCUCUCCUUACUUCUUCAAUGCCGGCGACUUCCAUACUGCUCGCCUAGCUGGCGCGAUUGCCAAGGCUUUUGCACUCACCAUCCUCGAGGCCCAGAAGAAUGGUCUUGAGUUUGACAUUGUCUUCGGCCCUGCCUACAAGGGUAUCCCUCUUGCUACGGCUGUCACCAUCAAGAUUGGCGAGCUCGAGGCUGCCAACCUGGACAAGAUUUCCUACUCGUUUGACCGAAAGGAGGCCAAGGACCACGGCGAGGGUGGCAACAUUGUUGGCGCCAGCCUCAAGGGCAAGCGUGUGCUCAUUGUUGACGACGUCGUGACGGCUGGAACGGCCAAGAGAGAAGCUAUCGAGAAGAUCAGAAAGGAAGGCGGAAUUGUUGCCGGUAUUGUCGUGGCCCUGGACCGCAUGGAGAAGCUCCCCGCGGCCGACGGUGAUGACUCCAAGCCCGGCCCUAGUGCCAUUGGCGAGAUGAAGAAGGAAUAUAGCAUUCCUAUCUUUUCCAUCGUUACACUCGACGACGUUAUUGAUGGCAUGCGUGGUCUCAUCUCGGAGGAGGACAUCAAGAAGACUGAGGAGUACCGCGCCAAGUACAAGGCCAGCGACUAA